UUUAAUACAGGACACUGAGCAGACUGUUGAGACAGCUGAUGCUACACAGCCGGCUUUUCAGCCAGUCCUGAACAAAAAUGGCAUCUCCGAGGACGAUAACAAUAGUCGCUCUGUCUUUUGCACUGGGGCUCUUUUUCGUCUUCAUGGGCACCAUUAAACUCACACCGCGUUUAAGCAAAGAUGCCUACAGUGAAAUGAAAAGGGCCUAUAAGACGUACGCGAAGGCCCUACCUGGUUUGAAGAAGCUGGGCAUCACCUCAGUGCUUUUGCGCAAGGUCAUCGGGACUGUAGAAGUAGCGUGUGGCGUGGUGCUGACGCUCGUCCCUGGAAAACCCAAGGAUGUAGCCAACUUUCUCCUUCUGCUGGUCAUGCUGGCUGUGCUCUUCUUCCACCAGCUGGUCGGCGACCCUCUGAAACGCUACGCCCACGCCCUGGUGUUCGGCAUCCUGCUCACCUGCCGCCUCCUGAUCGCUCGCCAAAGUGACGAGCGGCCCGAGAGGGAGGAACAGCGAGAGGAGCAGGUCAACGCCCAGGAAAAGAACAAAGUCAAAAUUUCUUAGCUCGUCUGUUUCCGAAUGCAUGAGCUGUGGAAAGAGAUGUGGACGUUUGCGGAUUAGCAGAUGUGGUGUUACGAUAACGACGUUAUGCACAAAAGGUCUUCAUACCCAUACAAGCUGUUACACCGUACAGUUUUUUAUUUUAGCGUUCUAUUGAAAAAUCCUGAGCUUGCAAGUGAAAAAUCCUUAUUAUGGUAACAUUGAGCUCUUUGUUAGAAGAUCAGAAUGCUCAUUUACAACGACACUGUAACAUCACUGUUAUUAUCAUUAUUGAUCACUUGAAUUUUUAUUCUCUUUCUGCAUUUUAGAGUGUAGGCACAUACUGUUUUUAUUCCAUUCCAUUAUAAUAUCACUUAAAAAUAUAAAUUCCAAAAAGGACAGCAUCACAGCAAAUGCCAUGCAAGUAAAAAUACAUUCUACUGUUGUUUUCUGUUCAUGUAACUCAGUAAGAUGCUUCACUUGUAAGACGAAUCGAGUCGGUGCAUGAUAAUGCUGUUGUUGUUUGGACCUGCUGUUUUGUCAGUACUCAAAUUUAAUUUGUUUACACAUUAUUGCUCUUUUUAAAUGGCAAAUAUGCCAACAUGUUUGUUACCAGGUUUUGUUUGUCAUUACUUGUAAAAGUUCAAUAAAGAUAUUG